AUACUCUACAGGACCGUUGACCUAGGAAUGUCUGAAACAAAGGACUGUUAAUGCGGGGAUUGCAGCUUGUCUUGGAGCACGACGUCUAUGAUCUCCCCCUACUCAGCCGAUCCAAACGAGACCCGUUUUGGGAAAUGUUCAUUCACUAAUUCCUGUGAUACAGACGGACUUCAGCAACCCGAUCUCCAACAAUAUCAUCCUCCACCUUCAGUUCUACUUACGUCGGGUGCGGCAGUAAUAGCAGCGCCACUACACAAUCUGAGCUCGUCACAUUUAUAUCACAUUCAUACGGCUCCCAUGAAUUUUUUCCGCAUUAUACUCGGAGGUCUGGGCGAGGGGCUGUUCUACUCUGAGAAAGCGUAUGCGAGCGAAGCUGGGAAGGCGAGAGCAUGACGGCGCAGUAAGUUAGAGGAGGAUGCACGGAGACCUGUUAGUAUUAGAGCCUCUCUCCCUUCCAUGAAACCAUCAGAGCCUAACAGGUACUAUGUUUACCCAACCAUCGAUUUCUGUGCAAACGUCCUGCAGAAUUAAAAAAUUGAGAAGAAAUAC